GACAUUGAGCAUUUUCUUAUAACUUUUGAAAGAAUAGCAUGUGCAUGUAGAUGGCCGAGAUCUGACUGGGCAUUCCAUUUGAUUCCACUAUUGACGGGUAAAGCCAGAAGUGCUUAUGUACAUAUGGAUGUGGAUGCAUCAAUGGACUAUGAUCAUGUUAAAGCUGCUAUUUUGCAGAAAUAUGAAAUAAGCAGUGAGACUUAUCGUCUGAGGUUCCGUUCUCUUCAAGUUGAACCAAAUGAGUCCCCCAGAGAACUCUUUGUGAGACUAAAGGAGCUCUAUGGGAGAUGGGUCAGACCCAGAGGUAAGACCAUUGAUGAAAUUAAUGAAACAAUAAUCCUUGAACAGUAUUUCCGAAUGCUAUCGCCAGAACUCCAAGUUUGGAUCAAGGAGCGUAAUCCAAGGGACGCAGCAGAGGCAGUUUCUUUGGCAGAUGCGUUUGUGGCAGCCCGUCGAAGGAACCAAUCAUGGGCUUAUAAGGCUAUGAAAAAGGAUUAUACCCCUGCGCCAGGUAACACCAGUCCGACAGAGAAUGUUGGUAAGCCAUGUGGAAGGGAGAAAUAUUUUCCCAGUCAAACAAAAAAUCUGGGGCGGAAACCUGUCUGUUAUUUGUGUGGGAAAGAAGGCCACACAAAACCGGUGUGUCCACAAAAUCCAGCUAAACUCUCCCAGAUGUAUUUUGUGCCCAGAGGGAACCAUGCCCCAAACCCAAUGAACCAGCUGUUGGUGGAGACCACAGUGGAGAUAGAUGGACAGAAAGUUAAGGCUCUGAUUGACACAGGAAGCACCCAGUCACUGGUUCAUCGCAGAUGAGGGACAAGCUGGAGAAGAUGACCACCUUGGCUCAGGAGCAUAUGAAGGUCUCCCAGCAAAAACAAAAAACCUGGUAUGACAGAACUGCUCGAGAGCGGCAUUUUGAACCAGGUCAAAAAGUUUUGGUUCUACUACCCACU